CAUUGUUAGGAUCCUCUCACUGCAUUCAGGUUUGGGGGUGGUACUUGGAUACAAGUCAGUGCAUGAAGCGGUUGGACUGAGGAAUCGUCUGCAGUGACGGAAUAUAGUGCAGUAGAGUGCAGUCAGCAGCAUAUCAGUGCUGUGUGUGUGUGUGUGUGUGUGUGAGAGAGAGAGUGCAUGUGUGCAUGACAGAAUUUUUUCAUCUGCUCCUCUGGAUUCAAGCCAUCAAUUAAACAUGGGGAAGAAAUCCCAAAAGGGAUGUGAUUUGAAGACUGUUUUGAAGAAAAACUGGCUGCUCAUUGCUACUAUCAUCGCUGUGGUUCUAGGUGUUUUGAUCGGAAUUCUUGUGCAUGAAUACGGCAAUCUGACAAAGCUCGAGAUAUACUACUUUGGGUUUCCUGGAGAGAUUUUGAUGAGAAUGCUGAAGCUGGUUAUUUUACCAUUAAUUGUAUCCAGUAUGAUAACAGGAGUCGCUGCUUUGGAUUCCGACGUCUCUGGGAAGGUCGGAUUACGAGCUGUGGUGUAUUAUUUUUGCACCACUGUUAUUGCUGUAAUCCUAGGAAUUAUAUUGGUGAUGGCCAUCAAACCUGGUAUCUCCCAAACUGCUGAGGAAAUUGGCAGGGUUGGAUCCACACCAGAUGUCACCACUGUGGAUGCCAUGCUCGAUCUGGUGAGGAAUGCAUUCCCAGAAAACUUGGUCCAGGCCACCUUCCAACAGUAUAAAACCAGACGCCAAGUCAAAGAAGUUAUUAAAGAAGUUAUUAAUGCCACCAGCCACCCUGUUGAGCCAACGGUUUCAGUUAUCAUGACAACGCUGACAAAUGAGUUUUUGCAGAAUAGGACAAAGGAGUAUGAAGUGAUUGGGGCCUACUCUGAUGGACUCAAUGUCUUGGGCCUCAUUGUCUUUUGCCUGGUGUUUGGCAUCGUCAUUGGGAAGAUGGGUGAAAAAGGCAAAAUCCUCAUUGACUUCUUUGAUGCUCUGAAUGAAGCCACAAUGAAAAUAGUACAGGUUAUUAUGUGCUACAUGCCAAUAGGCAUAUUAUUCCUUAUUGCUGAGAAACUCAUGGAGGUGGAUAAUUGGGAAAUUUUCCGUCAACUGGGACUCUAUGUGGCUACAGUGCUGAGCGGAUUAGCCAUUCAUGCGAUCGUUGUCCUCCCCGGAAUCUACUUUAUCAUCGUGAGGAAAAACCCUUUCAUCUUCAUCGGAGGAAUGGCCGAGGCAUUGCUGACAGCUCUUAUGAUUUCAUCCAGCUCGGCAACUUUGCCGGUGUCAUUCAAAUGUAUGGAGGAAAAAAACAAAGUGGACAAGAGGAUCACCAGAUUUGUGCUACCAGUGGGAGCUACAAUAAACAUGGAUGGGACAGCUCUCUAUGAAGCAGUUGCUGCCAUAUUUAUUGCUCAGCUUAAUGACUACCCUUUGAACGUGGGCCAGAUAAUCACUAUCAGCAUCACAGCGACAGCUGCUAGCAUAGGAGCAGCUGGAGUUCCUCAGGCCGGGAUGGUUACCAUGGUGAUUGUUCUCACUGCAGUGGGACUACCUGCCAAUGAUGUGACUCUGGUCAUCGCAAUGGACUGGGUCUUGGAUCGGUUCAGGACAAUGGUGAAUGUGCUUGGAGAUUCCAUCGGAGCUGGAAUUGUGGAAAAGCUUUCCAGGAACGAGCUGCUGCAAAUGGACCAGGCAAGCGGCAUAGACAUCAUCAAUCCAUUUGCCAUGGAAACAACAGCAUCAGAGAAGGAGGAAAUGAAGAAGAAGGAAGCGUAUGUCAAUGGCGCAUUUGACGUUGAUAAAUCAGACACGGUAGCAGUCACAGAAACGUCACAGUUUUAAAUGUGUGGUAAUAAAGGAGGUGAUCAUUUAUGGUUAUCCUACAGACUAGAGUGAAUCUGAUAAAGCUGAACAGCUGAACCAGCCCAUAAAUUCAUUGCUGUCAAUAAUGAAUAGCUUAACAAUUUGUUUUGAAGUACAACAUGUAAUUUGCCAAUGAUCUAAUGAACUGGCGGAAUGGGCUCCUCCUGUUCCUAUGUUCUGAUAGACUGACCAUUGAACUGCUUGGUAAACAACUGGAAAUUGUUUCUUGAUAAGUUGGCAGUGGCUGCACAACUGUUUAUUCUGCAGCAUGCACGUCACUGCACGUCAAUGAGACCAAAUACCAAGGUCAUGCAUGACAGCCAGUCCUGGUACACAAUCAGAUCUCAAAACUGUACAAAGUCCCUCAUAUCAUUUAAACCAUGCAGUAACUCAACUUGUGCACUAUAAAUUCACUGCAGUCCAUAAACGUGUCUCUUGAUUAAAAUGAUACUUAGAAACUGCGAGUGUUAAGUUUAUGAUUCCAUUUAAAGCCUCAACCAGACUGUUUUGUGAUCACUCCCAGGUAUCUGUUAUUCCAUAUCUAAUGCCUCAAACAGUGCAACAGCUUGCCACUCUUUAGCAGAAAAUUUAUAUAGUAUUAAAUGUACUGCAUACAGUGAAACCUGUCUUAAAACCUAUCUAUAUAGAGAUCUAAUUACUGUCUGUAAUGACUAGUUAUGAGUCUCAAUGAUGUAUUAUGGUAUUCUAGGAUUUUUGUACUGUCUCAAGACCUUCCUCUUUGACCGUGCCUUCGGUCAUCCUCCCACCCAACACCAUCCUUACCCUCCAUCCCUCGUGAUUCAAACCCUCAGCUCAGGUGCAAACCCUUGAUUGUCCAUGGCCUUG